UUCGACGUCUUGCUUUGCCGCGCAUGCAACCUCCGCGGCAUUUUUAGUAUGUACUGCAAACGCGCGCCAAAAUAAACGUCGAAGUGACAGUUUUUUAAUCAUCUAAAACUUUAUGGCAUCCUUUUUAAAUACCACGUGAUAUUCCUGUGAUAUUUAAACUGUGAUUUUGAUAAUGUGACUUAAGUGAAUGACACUGUGUUUUAAUCUGAUGUUUACGGAAUUUCAAAACGAUUACAAACGUGUUUAAAUCACGGAAUUGAUGACAAAUAGUUUGGUGUAAUUAAAAAUCAAUAAAUACGUGAUUAGUGUGUAGAAAUAAUACGAGUUGUGCAGACGCAUUUUUUAAUAUUUGUGAUUAUUAAUUAGCAAAAUGAAGGACUUGGUGCAAAUUUGGAACAGGGUAGGGACGCGGCGAUACUCGAAUGCGACCGGUGGUGAUCGAGAAUUGGGUGAUUUAUCGCAUAAUCGAUUAAAAAAAUCGGAUAUUAACACUUUUGAGUGUAACUUUGCGGAGUGUGAAGGACUAAAUAACAAGUUUAACGAUGAUCUUGACUUUAACGGAAGGAGGGAUGCGAUUAUAAAUCGAUUGUUCGAGAGGAGAAGAAAGGGGCAAGUGGGGAGACAGCCAAAAUGCCUUUUCAUCCUGUUGAUGCUGGGUUUCUUCGCGCUGGCAGCCGGUGGAUUCAUAUUGUUCCUACAUCCAUACGACUUCUUAUUCAAACAGAAAGUGGUCCUCCAAGAUGGCGGCGAGAUCUUCGAGAUGUGGCGAAAGCCAGAAGUGGAUCUCUAUUGCCGAGUGUUCCUGUUCAACAUCACCAACGCUGAAGAGUACAUGGCUGGUACAGCAGACAAGAUUAUUGUGAAGGAAGUCGGCCCUUACGUGUACAAAGAAGCCUUAGAGCAUGAAGUGAAGACCUUCAACGAGAAUGGGACCCUAUCAGCUAUACCGAGGCAUCCUCUGACCUGGGUGGAGGAACUGUCUGAGGGUCAUAAAGAAGAUGACAUCCUGUAUCUACCUCAUAUUGCUUUAUUGAGCAUAGCCAACGUGGUAGCGCCCCAGGGCUUCAUGACGCGCUUCGGACUGAACAACCUGAUCAGUCUCACCAACACCAAGCCUCUGGCCAAGAUGACAGCGAAAGAGUUCAUGAUGGGGUACAAGUCUGAGCUGAUGACCCUGGGAAACACCUUCAUGCCUGGAUGGAUCUACUUCGACAAGCUGGGGCUGAUUGAUAGGAUGUACGACUUCACCGGUGACUACGAGACAAUUUACACUGGACAAGAUGACGUCACCAAGUCCGGCCUCAUCGACACCUACAGAGGGUCCACCGACCUCCCUCAGUGGGAGGGCAAGCAUUGCAGUAACGUCCAGAACGCCUCUGAUGGCACCAAGUUCAAAGGGGCUCUGGGGAAGAACGAGUCGAUUUUGUUUUAUAGGAAGAGCCUUUGCCGGGCUGCACCUUUGGUACCCGUCAAAGAAGGCACCAGAAGUGGUCUUAAGGCGUACAUGUAUACCUUCCCAGAGAAAAUGCUGGACAACGGCAAAUAUCACGAGGAGAACAAAUGCUUCUGCAGAAAUGGUAAAUGCCUCCCAGACGGUUUGAUCGACGUCUCAGAUUGCUACUACGGUUUCCCCAUAGCGCUGUCCUACCCUCACUUCUACAAGGGAGAAGACGUCCUGUUCAGCAAGGUUGAAGGCCUGAGUCCGAACCAAGAGGAUCAUGAGACUAGGUUCUGGAUACAGCCCGAAUCAGGUCUACCCUUAGACGUGAGCUCCAAGUUUCAAAUAAACAUGGCGCUGGAUGACAUUAGCAGCAUCAAUAACGCAGAACGAUUCUCCAACAUGUACCUACCUCUGCUGUGGUUUGAUAUUAGAAUGUACUCCCUCACGCCAUCUCUAGAAGACCGCUUCAAACUCUACUUAAACAUCUUACCAGUUGUGGAGAAGGUAUCCAUGUAUCUCCUCUUCGCCACUGGUGUCUGCCUCAUCCUGACAACUGUCUACAUUCUCACCUUCAAAGUCAUGUUCAAGACUUUCGACCAAAAAAAGAAGCAACGCAACAUCGUCAUUGGAACCGAUAUGUGGGUCGAAAAAGAGGUCAAAGGUAAGAAGAACAAGGACUCCAUAUACGCUCCUUGCGAGAUCCCCCUAGACGACACCGAAUCUGAUAAUUCUGAUCCUCAAUUCGAUCCUGAAAGAAGACCAUCUUUGUUGAAAACUCAUGGCGAUAGAAUUAAGGAAUUAAGCCACAAAUUAAGCGAUAAAAUGUACGAUUCGGUUGGAAGUAUGAGGGAUAGAGUUAGGGAUGAAAUAACACAUGUAAAGAACAUCUUUGGUGACAGAAAGAAUUCUCUUAUUAACGAAUCGAAUGCAAACGACGCUUACAAAUCUGAUUCUGGUGAAGAUGAGAAGUUUGGGUAUGCAGCAGUUGGACAAACAGACAGUGAGGAUGACUGCAAGUAUUUAGAGGUCUUAGAUGAUGGUAGUGAGUUUGAUAAACAUACAAACGAUGACAGGACUGACAGAUCGAAGCAUUUGAAAGAACUAGACUCAGGUAGAGAUGAACUACUUCACAUAUCUGAUUGAGGAUUCAGUUUUAAUUUUUAAUGAUAUUGACUGCUUAUUUAUGUUAGAAUAAUUUGAUAAUUCUAAAUUGGAAGUUGCUCAAAAUAUCGACCGGGUCGAGUUGGGAAAACUGUUUAUAAGCUAUUUAUGAAAAAGUUAAAGCCAGUUUAAAUUACAAUUUCGAUUUAUGGUUAAUUUAAUUGAAAGUGGUUAUUCCCACUUUUUCCGUAUUUUCUGAUGCAUCCAUCUCUUUUGCACUUAGCUAUAUGUUAGUACGAGUAAAAAGGACAGAUAGACUUGAAAAUAUUGUCUCGGAGGUGUACUUAAGAUCUUCUGUAUAGACUUCAGUGGCUAUGAUUGUUUGUAUGUUUGUCUUAUAUCAGCUACGAAUGUGGUGCUUAGUCCUUUUUAUUUUGUUAAUUCUUGCCAUGACAUUAUUUUAUUCUGUAUUUUAUAAUUGGUUUCUGUUUUUAAUUUUAAGGCUUCAAAAAUUUGAGGUUUUUCUAAUUAUCUGGUUAUUUUUGUAUAUUUGUUUUUUUGCUUAGAGUUUAAUAAAGAUGACUGAAUAGUUUUUUUGCUCAAGUAAUAUUUUAGGAUAAGUGUGUAAAUAUUUUUUUAUUGGCGUACCUACUUUAUUUAAGAAAAUUUGCUGUUAAAAUGAGAUUGAAAAUAUUUAUAAUUCAAAAUUUACAAAAAUGAUGACAUUCUGUAUUUUUUACUAAUGAAAUUAUUAUAAUU